AUGAUGCUCUGGUUGGUUCUCCUUUUCUGUUUUACAUCUCAUGCUGCCAAUCAACUUCCAAAAAGCCAAAAGUUGCCUAUUACAAUCGAUCCUUCUCAGCUUAUCUGCAGUGCACCUGGCCCUCCUGGGGCUCCUGGUCCUCCAGGAUAUCCUGGUCAAUCAGGGACAAUCGGAAGAAUGGGGAUUCCUGGGAAAGAUGGGGCAGAUGGGAAAGACGGUCCUAAAGGCCAAAAGGGAGAACAAGGUGACAGAGGAAAACCAGGAAUAGCUGGAAAACCUGGUGUUAAAGGCAUACGGGGAGCUAUUGGCAAAGCAGGCCCCCGAGGACCGAGGGGUUUGAGAGGGGCUCGAGGUAAUUCAGGAACUAAUGGACCAAAAGGCGCUAAUGGAAUCAAUGGUGAACCAGGUUUGCCUGGAAUCUGCAAUUGUGGCACAAAUACUGCAAGAUCAGCCUUCUCUGUGGCCAUCACCUACAGCUACCCAAAGGAACGUAUGCCCAUCAAAUUUGACAAGGUCCUUUUGAAUGAAGGAGGGCAUUAUAAUGUUUCCAGUGGCAAAUUUAUAUGUGGUAUACCUGGUAUUUACUACUUUUCCUAUGAUAUUACCCUGGCAAACAAGCACCUUGCUAUUGGGUUGGUGCACAAUGGGCAAUAUCGUGUUAAAACUUUUGACGCCAACACUGGGAAUUAUGAUGUAGCCUCUGGUUCAACUAUUAUGUACCUGAAACGUGAAGAUGAAGUUUGGCUGCAGAUAUUCUAUUCUGAACAAAAUGGUCUAUAUUAUGAUCCGCACAGGGCAGACAGUUUAUUCACCGGCUUCAUGAUUUACAUUGAUCAGGACUAUGUGAAUGAACUUGAAGAAGACCAAAUUCUCUAAACAACAAAACGCUUGUUUUUUUGUGUUCUAAAACAUACAUUUUCAAAGAUACUGUAAUAGGGACUGUUCAACCACAUAAAUCCAGAUUGGGAUAUUUAAAAUCAGUGAUUUUAAUGUAUAACCUAAAAAGAUAAUACCUUCUCUAAAAUAGCAAACAGAAAAAUGUCACAGGGCACCAGCAAGAUUUUUUUAAAAAUCUGUUUUCCAAGUGUGAGUGACAUGCCAACACUAUAGGUUUAUAUUUAUUACCCACCCUAGUUGUCCCUAAAUCGUUCUGGUGGAGUUCCAUGUAAGUGUCUUCAAUGCUUUUUGGAUUGCUGAUACACUUUGGGAGAAUGAGCCAGUAACAAAAUGCUGACUGGAGGUACUUCAGAUCAAAUGAGGACAGCAACUUUGGACAGCACUCCAAAGAUGUGUAGGUUAGAUGGAUUGGCCAUGAUAAAUUGCCCAUAGUGUCCAGGGGUGUUUAGGCUAGGUGGAUUAGCCAUGGAAAAAA